AUGUUCUGGCGUUUUGGGGGAUACGCAAGUAUCUCCUCCAUCGAUACCCUACUCGACAAGCCCGAUGUCACCCUUGAAGAGCUUUUGGACGAUUCGGAGCUCAUCCAGGAGCUCAAACAACAUAAUACGAAGCUCAUAGAAUAUUUACGAGAUGAUAAUGUCUUGAAACGGCUUAUGGAAUAUGUGAUCGCAUCUAGCUUGAUGAACGAUGACGACGAGGACGAAGGAAAUGAUAGCAAUGCCGCCCAGGACAAAAAUGAUUCCGAGGAGGCGAAGGGUGAUCCGCUAAAAGAUAUGUUGGAACCAGAGGAUUUGGAGAGAAUCGAAAAAACCCGCCUGAAACAUGCCUAUGUUGCAUGUGAAAUUCUAUCGUCCGAAACAUGGUCGAUAUUGGAAUCUAUCAUGCUCAAUCCUGGUUAUCUGCGAGACUUCUGGGGGUUUGUGAGGAGACCACAGCCCCUUGAUUCUCUCCAGGCCAGCUAUUUUACAAGAGUCAACGAAACAUUGUUUGACAAAAAGACGGAGGAUAUGCUGGCAUUUUUCAAAUCUCUAGAUGACAUCAUUCCAGCAAUUCUGCAGCAUGUCGAUAAUCCUAUGGUCAUGGACCUUCUGCUGAAGAUUAUCAGUUUGGAGAAGGCCGAGGGUGGCCAAGGGAUUGUGGAUUGGCUGAAAGACCAAGGUCUCAUACCUACCCUUCUCUCUUUCCUAUCGCCAGACCGACCUGCCUCUGUUCAAACUUCGGCAGGUGAUUUCCUCAAAGCCAUCAUCACUAUCUCCGCAAAUGCAACCCAGAACGACCAAUCUUGUAUUGGCCCCAACAGCCUGACUCGCCAAUUGGUCUCUGCGCAGUGCGUAGAGGCUCUGAUAAAGGCCAUGCUGCAAGGUGGAAACCCAUUGACCGUCGGAGUGGGCAUCGUCAUUGAGGUUAUCCGCAAGAAUAACUCCGAUUACGACCCGGAGAAUCUGGGUGGGCCUGAUUCAAUGCCGACCACAUACGAUCCCAUCUACCUCGGCUCGCUACUCCGACUUUUCGCCAAACACAUACCGGACUUCAUGGCAUUGAUCCAAAGCUCGAAGCACACGGUUAACGAUGGUGGAAAAGUAAAAAGUGUGGAGCGGGGUCAGCUCAAUUCGGCAUGGGGAGCUAAGAUCGAACCGUUGGGCUUUGAUAGAUUCAAGACUUGCGAGUUGAUGGCCGAAUUGUUACAUUGCAGUAAUAUGGGUCUGUUGAAUGAGCCCGGAAGCGAUGAAUACACUCGACAGCGAGAUGCCGAGCGUGAGAAGUUGAUUCGAGAGGGGGCUUUCAAUUCGCAUCGGGAAGAGACAUCUGGUGUGGAUUGCAAUGAUUCCACUGCGGAUUUCGUUACCGGGUCUGUUCUUGGAUCCGGUUCCCCCGAAGACUCCAAGGUUCUUGAAGUCACAAACGCGAGUGAAGACGAUGGUUUUGAGGAUGUCAGCUCGUCAACUGUUCUCGUUGACAAAGAGAAGCAAACUGGCAGCCAAGAUUCGAAAACAGAGCCAGACACUUCAGCCCCGGAGAACUCCAAAGCGUCAACCGAGAAAGCCACAAGCGAAGAAUCGAAGCCCGAGAGUGAGCGGAAUGAGACAUCUUCCGAGACACCCACGGGUCCUUCUGAUCCUUUGUCGCCUACCGCGUCAGGUCUCACUGAUCAAAUUGGUGAAAUAAAGAUUGAAGGCGAAAAACAAGACUCGAAGGAUGCCUCCGGGAACCAAGAAUCUACGAAGGAGGACGCUAGCGCAUCCACAACAUCUACACAAGCGGACCAGCAACUUGGUUCUGCCUCAGUAUCUUCACACCCUGAAGAUGUCCCGGCUCCUCUCUUCGCUGCCAAACAGCAGUCCGAUCCUUUAAGUUCUGAGCCAGCCGUGGAAGGCUCUGCCCCAGAAACAGCUACUAACGAACCCGAUGAUGAGACCCUGGAGCAGUACAACGACCCAUUUAUUCAAUUUGAUACCAAUGGCAAGCCUGUAGUCGGUGACUAUCUCAAAAUCAUGUUUGUAAGAAAUCGGGUCGUGCCUACGAUUUUGGGUUUCUUUUUCCGUUUCCCGUGGAACAACUUCCUUCACAACGUUGUCUACGAUGUCGUCCAGCAAGUAUUCAACGGACCUAUGGAACGUGGGUACAACCGAUCAUUGGCCGUUGACGUUUUUGAGACUGGACGAAUUACGCAAGAAGUUAUUGAAGGCCAAAAGCGAAGUGAUGAGACCCAGCGAGCCAAGCAGAUCCGACUCGGCUACAUGGGACACCUGACUCUUAUUGCAGAGGAGGUUGUCAAGUUCAGUGAACGUCACCCACCAGAACUUCUUUCGCCGACAGUGAUGGAAAGUGUGCUGGACCCGGUGUGGAUUGAGUAUGUUGAGCACACACUUUCUGAGACCAGAGAGCGUGACAACGCUAUCCUGGGUGGUGUGCGGCCUGACAUGGCCAUUGGUCACCGUCAGACCAUGCUGAACUCGGGUCAGGGCUCUUCAGCCCUUGCCGAUGCCGGUCUGAAUGGUGGAUCUGGGGCAUCGAACUUCCAGGGCUUCGAUAUGAUGACCCAGGGAAGUGUUUCUGGCGGAGCUUUCGGCCUCGGCGGCGGUAGCUCUCUCUUGAGUGGUUUCGCGAGCUCGAGCGAUGACGACGAAGAUGAGGAGAUGGAAGAUCAAGAUGAAAGAAACGCAGCUGAACAGUCCGCAGAAGGCGGCUCCGAGAAUGCUUCUACCAAUUCCACAAGCCAGCCAAUUCCUAUCCUCCCGCCCCCUCCCGCUCCUUUGAGUCUUGGUCCAUCUCGGGCACGGCGUCAGCUGGCUGCACGACUUGCCCUUCAAAAACAGCAGGCGGCCGAUAAUGCGGAUAAGGAAGGGGAAGAGAAGAAGGAAACAAAUGAUGGAAGCACAGAUUCACAGUGGCCUAGCAACCCGUUUGUGAUUGCGGGCUUGGACGAUGAUGCUGGGCAAUCGCCCUCUAGUGCUGCCUUCCCAUCUACCGACUUCGUACCGGGAGGCAAGGAUGAACCUUUCUCAUCGCCCACUUUUCCGGAUUCGGGAUUUAGCCCUCCUGAUUCUUUCUCGGAUAAUUCCUCGGAUGAUGAUGGAGAAGGGAAGCGGACGCGCCAGGUGCAUGUUCCACUUAAUGUUGACGACGACGAUGAUGAGAUGGGGGAGAUGGUUGGGCCGACCUCUGGGUCUGGCAUGAUGGACUCGGAUGAAGAAGAUGAGGCUAUCAUGAACGAAUCGUUGGGAUACCCAAAUCUCGGAGCGGAUAGGUAUAAAAGCUUCCGAAGAUCUCGAGUUGGGGCCUCUCCUUUCGGAGAUGACGAGAAUGACAGCAGUGAUGGCGAAGAUGACGGACUUGUCGAGAUACUGGUACCAGGAAGGAAGAACUCGACAUCCUCAAACCAUUAA